CAAAAUUGCCGUAUGAUUGUCGAGUGCUGAGCUGUCACAUUGUUGUGUUUUGAAAAGUGUCCAGUGUCCACACCUCGUCUCAAAACAAAUUCAGAAUUCUGUAAUUUCUUGUAAAUAAAGAAGUAAACGAUGAAUUUUGGUGGAACGUUACGAGUAAACAAAUUUGCGUGUUUCACGUUGGGUUUUAUUUUGUUUUUAAUAAUCUAUUGGCGAAGCGGGAAUGCUGGUUUUCCCUUGGAGAAAAGUGAUCUAAUUAAUUUGAAAAGCUUAUUAAAAGCGGCAAUUCAAGCCGCUGAAAUGGGUGGUAAGAAGGUUUUGGAGGGAAAUAGCCACGAGCUGAAUAUUAAGAGUAAAGGUAAAACGUUGGAAGGUGUAAAUGACCCGGUAACCGAUGCAGAUUAUGCUUCUCACUGCGCUAUGUACUACAGCUUGAAGAAGACGUUUGAGAAGUUGACAGUGAUAUCUGAGGAGCAUUCAAAGAGUGACUCGGGUUGUGAAAACCAGCAAGUGAUAGAUGUAGACAAGGCAUUGCCAGAUAACAAAAUGAUAGACAACAUGUAUGAUGAAUUAGUCUAUAUGAAGGAUGUUACAGUUUGGAUCGACCCAUUGGAUGCGACGAAAGAAUAUACAGAGGGCCUGUACCAGUAUGUGACGACAAUGGUGUGUGUAGCCAUCAAAGGAGUGCCCAUCAUAGGAGUGAUCCACUACCCCUUUCUACCGCGCACUUACUGGGGCUGGUAUACUAAGAAACCAUCUGCCAACAUGCCUAUGGUGCCUCAUAAACUGGAAAAUAAGGAGCACCCAAGAGUGGUGAUCUCUCGUUCACAUCCUGGUAAAGUGGAGGAAAUUGCAAAAGCAGCUUUUGGACCGAAAACAACAGUUUCCACGGCGGCAGGCGCCGGUUACAAGGUGAUGGAAGUGGUGAACGGAACUUACGACGUCUACUUACAUGCCACUGCGAUAAAGAAGUGGGACUUGUGCGCCGGCGACGCUAUUAUUAAGUCAGUGCAUGGUAAAAUGACCACGAUAAAAGGUGAUACCAUUGACUACUCAGCAAACAGUAAUGUGAAGGUCUCAGGUGGGAUUCUGGUGACCAGGUAUGACCACGAAUACUACCAGGACAAGCUGCCCCUGGAACUAGGUGGAGCGCGUUAGCAUGUGGUGUGACUGACUUUAAUAUGUUGUUAUACUCAUAUAUUUUUAGGGGAGAAUAAUAUGAUUGUGAAAUAAGUUGAAAGUGUUACUGUUAUGUACAAUAUUGUACAUAUUUAAUUUGUACUUGAGUAAGUGCAGAAUGUGCUAGGUA